CGGUGAUCGUCGGCGACCCCUUGGGAAGCCCAAGGAAAAUGAACGUCACUUCAAGUGCACAUAUACGUAUGCCACACAAGUGCUACCAAUUGUAUCUAGCCCAUAAGCGGAAAGUCAACACCGAUACUGGGCCUCAAUACCUUGGUCACUGGUAGUGAGAAAACUGUUGGCAAACGUCUCAAGAAGCCGCUUUUCAAGCGCCAUGUACGCUGCAUCUUAGAAAAGAUGAAGGGAAUGCAAGUGAUCGCACGCAACGAAGAGGAUGAAUUCUAUUAUAGGGGUACAGUUGUCGAUGGUUCAAAUGCAAGACAUAUUGAGGUCCAGUUUCACAAUCUUACCCAAAGUUUGGUGCCAUCUCGUUUUGUCAUUCCUAUGAUUGGAGCCAGGCCAUGUCCCGUCCUCAGGGUCGCCGACUAUGUACUUGUAAAGACAGGCAAAGUGCCCUACCAGUGCUGGGUACCAGGUAUGGUUCAAGUCACCCCUGUUGAUGAAGCAAAACAUGAUAAGCUCUACACCGUUAUCAAGUUUAACAACAAAACUGUCCAUGUUCUGCGGAACUCUAUUGUGAAGAUUAGCAAAUCUCAGUACAAAUUUGCUUUGCGGUAUUGGGAUUUGCAAGAACUAGUCCAUCAAAAUCGUCACCAUACAAUUCAAGACGAGAAAGGAACAGUGAAAAAAGGCAAACACAAGGAUAAAAAGGAGAAAAAAGUGAAGCACGGAGGAAGAGAGGGACACAGACGGCACUCGAGAAAGAAGAAGAAUGACGGAGAGAGUGGGGACAAAGAAAAGAAAUCUACUGUGAAAUCCAGUAGGUCAAGGUCAUCCAGUAGGUCACCCUCAAGGUCAUCCAGCAGAUCAAGGUCAAGAUCAGCUGACACUAUACAGAAAAGAGAUGAAUCCAGUGCUUCGGAGAAUUCACACUCAAGAUCAAGGUCAAUUUCUGGUUCUAGAUCAUCAAAAAGCUCAUGGUCAAGAUAUUUACGCUCACAUUCAAGAUCAUCACACCCGUGUUCAAGACCUUUGCGCUCAGGAUCUAGGUCUGUAAGGUCUUCAGUAUUUCCUAGAAAGUCAAGACCACGUUCAUCUACUGGCUUGAAAGGCUCACAUGCAAGGUCGUCAAGGUCACAAUCAGAGCCAUCAGUAAGAUCUCAUUCAUCCAAGUCAUCUGCAAAAUCAGGAUCUCAUUUGUCUUCUGAGAGGUCAGAGAAUUCAUCAAGAUUAAGAUCAUCAUUUUCAGACAAUGAGCAAACUCAAACAAAUGAUAAUGAAGACGAUUUAGCAAAGAAUGUUGGCAGCAAGCACAGGAAAUUGGCAAAUGAUGGUAACUCUACUACUGGUGAAAUUCAGAAACGCCUUCAGGAACUCCAAGGCCAGUUGAACCGUCAACAAUCAGAUUUUCUCAAGGAAUUGAAAAAAACUGUUCAAAAUCUCAAAGAAGUGCACAAAGGUUAUGACAGCCAACACGCCCAGCUUCAGGAUAAGCAUAGUGAACUGCAAGACAAACAACAAAAACUGAUAGACAAACAACAGGAGCUGAUUACCAAGCGAGUACCAACUCAUGAACAGAGCACCCAGUCAGAGGCAGCCCAUCCAUCAAGGAAAGAGGAUGAAAGUGAAAAUAAAGAAAUGGAAGAGUCCAUUAAAGAAGAGGGGGAGGACAGAGGUGAAAUGAAGGAAGGAGAUGAAGUUCUUGCUCGCUGGUCUGUUGAUGGGUGGUUUUAUAGAGGAACAAUAGAAAAUGUAGCAGAAGACGGUCGGUAUUUUAUAUCGGACAACGUUGGAGCUAUUGAGAAAAAAUACAUAUUCACAGAUAAAGAACAUUCAGAUAGGAUACAGAAUGGAAACUGUGUUGUUGCCCGUCACCCUGACUACCCCUUCCGCUACGCACCCGGGCAAGUCAGACGUUUAUUCCCUGAUCUCAGUUGCCAGGUUUUGUUUUAUGAUGAUGAGAAGGCUGAAGUUCCAAGGGAAGAGAUUUACAAAAUAGAUACAGAGCUUUAUGGUGAGCUUGUGGAGUAUAUAAUCAACUGUGAGGAAUCGUGGGUAGGAUCUGCUGUGGUGGCGAGGAACGACGAGGAUGGCAUGUACCAUCUGGCGUCAAUCAGGGAAAGAGUUGGUGAAACCUUUAAGUUCAAUCUGGAAUGGGCCGACGGCCAAGUAAGCUCACAAUUUACCAAACACAUCUUUGGUACGUUUACACGGCGACAGAGGCUAGCCAUGCAAGACCAUGUACUUGCAGUUGCCUAUGCAGCAUCCUCAAUUUACUUACCCGGGGAAGUUGUCGAAACCAAUGACGGUUAUAUCAUUGUGAAAUUCUGUGACGGAACAAUGUCAAGCCAAUUGGAUCCUCAGCAGUGCUUCUGGUUGUCUGCAGACUACUAUAAUGAUGCCGUCCAGUUUUUCAAAAAUAUAAAAAGUAAAAAGAAUUUUAAAUGCCCAUGUUGCAUAAUUUCUUAAUACAUAAGACAUAGAUGCUUAAUAACCAGACUUAAAGAACAUUUCUUUAAUGUUUUUUUUAUUUAACUGUGAGAAGGUUUAGCCUAUUAUAGGUCCUAUCAGUUUUCUUUCUUCUGGAAAGCACUUACGUAAUUCACCCAUUUAACUAUAUGAUAUUAAAUCGGCCUAUUUUGUCAUUUAUCUUAAAUUUUAUAUUUUCGAAUAUAUAGACAGUUUCCAAAAUGGUAUAUCGUGUUUAAAGAGGCGUUUACACCAUAGAAACAAUAAACUCAUUGCUUAGUAAUCGAGUGAGAAACAAAAAGGCAAAUGUUAUAGAAUUAAUGACGUCGACAAAAUUUAUGAAUUGUACUUACAUCAAAUUGCUUUCAUUAUUAAACUGCCUUUCAAUAAUGUAUUUAAAAUGUAGAUAGCGUAUCGCAACAUAG